UUGAGAGGCGGGGCGAAACAACGCAGCAGCCGCACUUCAGGUGAGCGGAUUCGCGAGGCACGGAUGUACACACCCCCAAGCUGCUGUUUAGGAGUGAAAGGGGUCUUGAAUAUUUGUGUCUAUUUUUGCAACAGUGCAUGCAAUUCUGAAGCAAAAUGCUUAUGGUUCCGAUGGAUCACGGAAAUGCGGAGGUUUGCUAGUAACAAAAACCGAGGCGGCAAAGGAAGGUGUAAGGAAGGCAGCGGGAAAAGCUCUAACUGCAGAGCUGACUGGACUCUGUCCUGGAAAAGACGCUCUCUCUGGCCCGAAGCUGCAUAAGCUCAUUGGAAAGCCCUAACGUGAAAAUCGGUGCGACUGGAGGCUGACUGCACGCCAUCCAAAGGCCAGAGGCGCAACGUCGGAAGACCGGGUUGACGCUGACCUGAGGCCGAAGACGUGGUUUGGGAAGGCCAGCUGCACUUUGACCUAUGCCUGACUCGCUCGUGCAUCUCUUGACGACACUCGCUUCUUCGCUGAUGGCUUCCGCUUCGCCUUUCAGGUCAAGAAAUGAAGCCGAGCAGCUGUCCGCGUAAAUGGGGCUUACUAUCAGCCUUCACAGCUGGACUAACCGGAGGAUCAACGGCACAUUAGCGAGGUUUUCUGCAGAUAGGAUGACCCCUCCUUUGUGUGCAGCGGGACCGCCGGCCUGUACCCAGUAGACGUUUCGCUGACAGUGACACUUGUGUUUCUUUAUGAAUGAUCAGGAAUGUGAAAGGCAGCCCUUUUCAGAUAUGGAGCGCGGCAAGCCAGAGCUGGAGACCGUGUCCGGGGUCGGAGAGGUACCCGGACCGGGGCCACACCGCCUCAGGCCCUCCUCGUACCGGGCUCUUCGGAGCGCCGUGUCAACGCUGGCCCGGAUCGACGACUUUUACUGCGAAAAGAUCGGCUCUGGCUUCUUCUCGGAAGUGUUCAAGGUGAGGCACCGAAUUUCAGGACAGGUGAUGGUUCUGAAGAUGAACACUCUUCCAAGUAACCGUGCCAACAUGCUGCGAGAGGUGCAGCUCAUGAAUCGUCUGUCCCAUCCAAAUAUCCUCCGGUUCCUAGGUGUCUGCGUUCAUGAAGGCCAACUCCAUGCCCUUACUGAGUACAUCAAUUGUGGGAACCUGGAGCAACUCCUAGACAGUGAUGUGUACCUCUCAUGGUCUGUCAAAAUGCAGCUCGCUCUAGAUGUGGCAAAGGGUCUAAGAUAUCUUCACUCAAAGGGAAUCUUUCAUCGAGAUCUUACUUCUAAGAAUUGCCUUGUCCGCUGUGAAGAUGGCAAGUUUAGUGCAGUGGUGGGAGACUUUGGAUUAGCAGAGAAGAUUCCCAACUACAGUGAGGAUGGCAUGAAACAGCGGCUAGCAGUUGUGGGCUCCCCUUACUGGAUGGCUCCUGAGGUCCUUAGAGGUGAACUCUACAAUGAAAAGGCCGAUGUUUUUGCAUUUGGUAUCAUCCUAUGUGAAAUUAUUGCUCGGAUACAGGCUGACCCAGACUUCCUACCACGUACAGAGGACUUCGGUUUAGAUGUGGAUGCCUUCCAGCAUAUGGCAGGAGACUGCCCCCGGCCUUUUCUGCAGCUUGCCUUCUCCUGCUGUAAUAUGGUCCCUGAAUUUCGCCCAUCUUUUGUGAAUAUUGUUAAUCAGCUUGAGGUUAUUCUUGAGCAGCAAAGGCUUGAAGGAGAGGGACAACAAAAUGGAGAAUUGUCAAGGUUGAGCAGCAGAGAUGGUGUGCCGAGAGAUGGAAAUUCAGUAAAUGUUUCUGCUGUCCACUGCACCAGCCCAGUACGCCGACACUCUCUCUGUUUGCCAAGGGACCAAAGACUGUCUCGUAGCCAGUCAGACAUGCUUUGUCCACAAUCACCACCCUUCCCCAGCUUAGUUGCAACUCAUACUCGCAUUAACCCUUUCUCCCUGCGAGAGGAUCUCAAUGGUGGGAAAAUCAAAUUGUUCGACACUCCCAGCAAGUCUGUUAUUUCACUCACCUUUGACUUGCCCCCUCCUACAGACUCUUACCAGGUCACUCCUCCUGUAAGUCCAGAUGCUGUCCAUGACAUCAGCCAAGGUUGCCUAAGCCUUGGAAUGAUUCGUCGAUGCAAGUCACUGCCAGUUUCUCCUGAGCUGCUGAAGAAAGGAACUUUUUCGAAAGAAACAGAAAAACAGAGCACUGAUUUUUUACAGUGUUUUGGACCUGAGGUAAGCCAAAAUGUUUUAGAGCAUCUGGCUGAGGUACAAGAAAUGAGUCAGCCAGUCACACCGGAUAUCAAACGAGUAGCCCUAGAAGUAGCCUGUGAGCUCAAUCAGGGAGUCUCGAAAGGUGUUAAAAGUGUUGAUCGGAAAUGGUCCGUGAUCUCAAUUCAGAAUUGUCUCAGGAUGUCAGAUGUACAAACUAAAGGCAGAAGUGAUCAGAGUCCAGGUAUCCCAGAAAAUGAAAGAUCUGUACCACAGAAAAUAGGACAGAGAUUAAUAAGAGAAAUCUCUCAAGAUGCUGAUUUACCACUUCCAGUUGAGCAUAUCCUGAAUAAGGAAAUGUCACAGACUGUUAAUUUGAUUGACAGGGAAACAAGUCCUAACCUGAAUGCAGGCAUGUUGCAUGAUGUUGAUCAAACUCUGGAAUGUGAGAUUAAUAGCUAUGUCAUACAUGAUCUCCAAUGUGUACCCCUGGAGCUCAAAGAUGUACCAAAUCCACAUAUUUCACAGACAUUUAGUCCUACAGAGAUGGAAACAGAAGGUGUAGAAGUUGUAGAUCUGGAAAUUCGACAAGGAUCAGAUCCUCCUGUCUUGCAAGAUGGAGAAUUAGAUAUAGGCUGCUGUGACGAUCUAGAUUUAGGAGACCUUCAAGUUGAGCCAAUGGACUGCUCAAGUAGCCCUGAUACAAUAGAAGGAUCUGAGUUUUUGGAUCGGCCAGUUCAGCCCUUCCUCAGGGACUGCCUCCUCUCCCCGUCACCUCCUCAGGUAAAUGGCUGGCAGGUUACAGUCACCAAUGGCUUCCCAUCUAGAGAAAACAACAAUAGUGUGGUGGUAAGCCGGCCACUAACCUGGGACGAUUGCUCCAGCACUUUCCAGAUGAAUACCUCCACCACAGCAUUGGAGCAGGAUGACGUCAUUACAUGUCCCGGCUGUUGCCUCGCUGGACUAAGUUUCCCUUCUGUUUGUUUGAGACCUAUUCGGCGGAACCCACCGCCCUAUAAGAACUUAAACGGGGAGUCCCGUGGGCUUAUGUGCCGCGCAAAGACUCUGCAUCCAGGACAUGUAGGCAGAAAAGCUGAACCCAGCCUUACAAUCCCAGAAGCUCAGUCCUAAUCCAGCUCAAUAUUAGCAGCACUUUGUUACUGGUGUGCGGUUAUGUAUUAAAUUGUCCUCUCUUUUUGUUUUUCUUUCUGUCCCGCAUAUGAAGUUAAGAGGCAGGCGGCUCCUGCAUAUUCAUUUGAUAACACAGAACUACAAUGUAGUAUUGCAACUACUGAAUGUACAGUAUUGGUGAAACUAGCUGUUUCCCCAAACCUCAGAAUUCCCAGUGUUGAAGCAAAAAGCAGAAAAGCUCCUUGCAGUGUGCACUUUGUGUGAUCUGUUGCAGUAAGUGCGACUUCUAUGUGACACCCAACAGUCUUUGGAACACAGCAACCUAAACCUCCUAAAGUUCAGGUCUGUCUGUUAUGAGAAGUGGAGAAGGAGACUAAGUCAGUUUCUAGCCAUUUUGUGUUUAUAAUAAUUUAAAAAAAAAAAAAAAGUGUUAGUUACCUAGAUAUGUUAGUAUGAUCCACAGCUCUGUUGUAAAUAUGUUCUUAACCAAUGAAAGCGGCUAGAAAAAAGAAAAGCCUAUGCUAAAAGCAAAAAACUUAAAGGUGCAUGCUGUAUCUUUAAUCUGGGCAGUGGGUGUUAGGAAGAGUUAGGAUUGGGGUUGAUUUUCUUUUUUCCCCCAAUUUCUAAGUAGGUGUCUUCUCCUGUGCAGAGGUUUCUUUUGAAGAACAGGGCAAAGGAUACGUUGGCAAAGUAGGAGGGCCUACAAAUCACCCAUGGGUAUUUAGCUUUGUAGCCUAAAAUGGGGCAUAGACCUGAGGUGGACAGCACGUGCUAUUACCACAAUGUUGUUUGCGCUUUGGUGUGGAACACUUUCUAUGUGAGCUACUCUACUGCAGGUGCUACGAUUUGGAACUCUUAACAGUGUGGGUGUGGAGCACCCUGCAGAGUAUUCUGAAUCUUGCACUUUUUGGUGCGAGGGGUGCAGUAUGUUUCAUCCUGUCAAGCACCAGGUGAAAGGGGAGGGAGGGUGCACUCUCUGGGAUUUUUUUCCCUCCACUGAGGGAGAUGUAUAUUAUCUGUAUUUUUUCAUGUAUUGUACAAAUUUAAUCUAAUGAAAAAAAAAAAUGAAAAUGUAAUGUAUAUUUUUGUUACUAGAGUUUCUAUACCCUUGACAUUCUGUGAUGAGACUUUGUUAUUUAUUAUCUCUCAAGCUUUGAUCUGAUGCAUGUUUGCUCGAACACAAUGAUUACACCAAAGGAGGAAGAUGCUGUCCACGUUUCUGUCCCUCUGGUGUUGCCGGCUGAUGUGCAUUUUCAUUUGGUAAACUUUAAUGUUUCAGGUGUUAAGUUUUAUGUACUGUGACAAAGUAAAGCAAAGCCUUGUAUUGCAGUUCAUUUA